CUUGGGCGUCAUCCGAGGGCGCUUCGAAGGCUUUGGAUUCCUCAAUCUGUUAUCAGUGGCAGCAGAGCCACCUCUUCCACUUCCGAUUUGGCGUUCUUCUCCUCAGCAGUAGUCCAUUCAAGCAUCCGCGCAAGCUUCCCCGUCCUCCUAGCUGCAGCUGCCCUCUUCUCCAGCAGCUGCAUCGCCUCCGCAGUAGAUACAGACAAGGACCAGACCAAGCUCUCACAGGUGACCUCGUACGACGCAAGUGAGUUGAUCGCUGCUUACCAGGCGAAAAUGGCCGCGAAAAGGUUUCUGAGACGCAACAAGAAAGAGGAAGACUCGGACUCAGACGAAGAUCGCACGGUACAUUUGAAACUGCUCGACGAUGUAGCUGCCAAGGCGGCACAGGCUGAACACAAGAAGGCCGUCGAUCACAUGUUGGCGAAAGCAAUGCAGGCCCAGUUGAGCGGUGAAUCGCUGCAGGGGCUCUUGACUCAGUCCAUGCUCCGUUUCGCGCGGGAUGACCGCGAGAAAACUCUGUUCAAGCAGAUGUACAAAGAGGGGAUUUCGCUGGAGCAGUUUGCCGCCAUGAUGCAGUACAACUGGCGCGACUUCGAGGACGUCUACAGGCUUUACACCUAUUACACGGAGAUACAACGAGCCGCCAAGAAGUUCCAUUAG